AUGAAGGAACAUCAUGAAAAACUGAGAGUGAAGUGGGCAACUGAACGCAUGACUUGGAAGGAGCGAAAGUGCAACUCAGUGGUCUGGUCGGACGAGAAGAAGUUUAAUCUCGACGGACCAGACGAGUUAGCGUAUAAGUGGCAUGAUUUAAGAAAGCAGAAGAAGUGGUUCUCGAAAAGGCACAGUGGUGGAGCGAGCGUUAUGGUUUGGGCCUGUUUCGCUGGCACUUCCAAGUCCCCGCUGGUAUUUCUGGGGGGGAAGCAAGAUGGAACGAAGUACGUCACUUUUGAAGAUACGUUGCUGCCAUUCGCUGAAGACCUUCCUCUUUCCUGGGGUUUUAUGCAGGACGGUGCUCCUUGUCACCGUGCUAGAGUGGCUAAGAGAUGGCUUUUUGACAACUUUAUCUCUGUUUUAGAGUGGCCGCCCUAUUCGCCUGAUCUCAACGCCAUCGAAAACUUGUGGGGUAUCUUGGUUACAAGUGUUUAUUCGCAUCAGAGGCAGUUUAACGGCGUGGAUUCUCUGUCAGAAUGUAUUCGAGAUGCCUGGGAUGAGAUCAACAAUGAGACACUGGAUGCGUUGGUGAAAUCUAUGCAGAAAAGGUGUGUAGAGGUCUUGCUUACCAAAGGAAAGAAGAUAGACUACUGA